AUGAAGCUAACGAGGGCCCUCUCGUUCCAGAAGAAAAGGCUGGUGAUGCGUCUUGCACAAAGGUCAUACCGCGCCCGGAAACAACAAGCUCAAGAAUCCCACAGGAUCCGGGCUGAAGAGCUUAACCGCGCUCUGGACAACGCAUUAGCAACCUUUUCCACGCUCCAUCAGCGACUUCUCGAUACCCCACAGGUUCAAAGCUCGCCAGACCUUCUUCUCCACCUGGAAGAUGCCGUGGGACAAAUGGUUACCAUUGCAUCUAGCACGAACAAGAAGCUACCCUUGAUGCAUGCUCCGGAUGAUCUAAGCACUACCUUUCGACGACAUGCUCCUGGAGUGCUGGCUCCACAUAAGUCAACCCCGGUAGAUUCCGGAGCCAUGACUAUAUCUCUACGGACCAGCACUUCUAAACAGAUUCCAGUGCCGGCAAGGCUCGAAAGAGCCUGCUUCGAGCGCGUGGUGUUCGUCUUAUCUAACAGCACUGUAGAUGGAAGCCAAUUUCCAGCCUUGGCUCUUCCUCUCCAGCUGCUAGGCGUGGAGCUCCUAAUGGUUAAUUCGCUGCGAGGCCUGUCGCUAUUCAAUGCUUCUGUGGGUGAUUUCAAGUAUCCGAUGCACUCUGCUUCCCAGCUCCCGAACAUGUACCGCGUUGUUGAAGGCGAGUACAAAGCCGUGUUGAGGAUGCCAGCUCCGUUCUUGCAACGGAUCGUGAGAGGCAAGACAAGGACAAUACUGGACACCAACUCUCCGCACCUCCAGGGAGAGUGGCUUGAGGCUAUGGAUGUAGAAGAGUAUCUGGAAGAGCGGGGGAUCUAUAUGUGCAAUGCUGUUACGAGCGGCACAGCAACUACAGGCAACACCAUGUAUCGAUCAUCUGUCCCAGGUGACGCGCAGAGUAUACCUAUGGAGCAACGCGCCUUUGUAUCUUCAUUGGCUGGUUUUCCCGGCCAUGAGCCAGCAGACUAUUUGGCUUUCGGGCUCCCGAGUCCGAGACAAUGGAAACGUUCUGCCACCCGCCAAAUCCAUUCGAGCGCUAUAGCCGGCGACCUACAGUCUGACUUCAAUCAAAAGACUACUCAAGGUAUCGAAACAGCCUCCCGGGUCACUGUCAACCUCGACAAGCUCGUGUAUCUACUCGCGGAGAAUGCCAUGUGCCUUGGUCCUGUUCCAGGAAUCCGAAAGGCUGACGUGGAUGCCUCGAUUCGGGGAUCUAUCACUCUAUCCUAG